UCACUGCCCUCGAUAAUUCCAACUCGGCCCCGAGAAGAAAAACCAAACCCAAUUUUUGUCUUACUCGCUGUAUCGGCUCGGCAUGGGGCAGCAGAAGCAAGAGAGAGGAGAGGAAGCGCAGUGAUUCUCAUCAACGACCCUUCUCUCCCGCUGUCCCUCGGUGAUGGAAGAUGGCUCCGCCCUCCCUCCUCCUCCGCUACUCGCAGCGCCGCCUCUCCCGCUCCACCCGGGGCGGCCUCUUCUUCGUGCCCACCACCUUGGCCCUCCUCACCUCCCUCCUCAUCCUCUUCUACCUCUUCACCACCUCCAACAUCUUCUUCCUCCACUACCGCCACCGCCACCGCCAGCCCCAGCCCACCCUCCCCGUCGAGAAGCCCGGGCUUCGGUCCUCCGUCGCCGGCCGGCCCGUCCCGGUCGCUCCCGAUAGGGCCGCCGGGAGCUCUCCGGGUGGGAAAUCGCCCGGACCCGCCGGCCCCGCCGUGGCUGGAGGGAGCGGUGGUCGCGGAGUCAACGCGGGUCGGAGCGGGUCGGGAGACCGAUUGGAGCCCAGCGGCGACCAUGUGAAUAACCACGACGUGUACCAUAACAGAGAUGUCUUCGAGAAAGACUAUAGAGAAAUGAAUAGGAGCUUUAAGAUAUAUGUUUAUCCUCACAGGCGGGACGAUCCCUUCGCUAAUGUUCUCCUGCCGGUGGGUUUCGAGCCUGGCGGUAAUUACGCCAGUGAGAGUUACUUCAAGAAGAGCCUCAUGAAAAGCCACUUCGUCACCAAGGACCCGACCGAGGCAGAUUUGUUUUUUAUGCCCUUCUCCAUCGCAAGGUUGCGACAUGACCCGAGAGUUGGCGUUGCGGGCAUCCAGGAUUAUGUACGGGAUUACGUCGUGAACAUUACUCGGAGAUAUCCUUACUGGAAUCGGACAGGCGGGGCCGAUCACUUUUAUGUCGCCUGUCACUCCAUCGGUCGGUCCGCCAUGGAUAAAGCAAGCGAGGUGAAGAUGAAUGCCAUCCAAGUUGUGUGCUCUUCAAGCUAUUUCCUUCCUGGAUAUAUAACUCACAAGGAUGCUUCUCUGCCUCAAGUUUGGCCAAGACAGGGGGAUCCUCCCAAUAUCAUGUCGUCUAAGAGGAACAAACUUGCAUUCUUUGCUGGGGGUAUAAACUCCCCUGUCCGUGAAAAGCUUGUCAAAGUAUGGAGAAACGACUCUGAGAUCUUCGCUCACUAUGGCCGACUCACCACGCCAUACUCUGAUGAGCUUCUUGGGAGCAAAUUUUGCCUCCAUGUCAAAGGCUUUGAAGUAAACACAGCCCGCAUUGCAGAUUCGUUGUAUUACGGUUGUGUCCCUGUGAUAAUCGCCAAUCACUACGAUCUCCCAUUCGCAGACAUAUUGAACUGGAAGAGCUUCUCAGUCGUGGUUGCCACUUUAGACAUUCCGUUGCUUAAGAGAAUCCUCAAGGGAGUGAGCAAUGACAAGUUCUCGAUGUUCCGAAGCAAUGUGAUGAAGGUCCGGAAACAUUUUCAGUGGCAUCCAUCCCCGGUCGAUUAUGACGCCUUUUGCAUGGUUAUGUAUGAGCUGUGGCUUCGAAGAAGUACCGUCAGAGUCCCACUAACGGCUUCCUUUGGUUCCAAUUGAUUCUUGUACAAUUUCCUGUUCCGCUUGUUUAGAUACCACACUGGGGCUGCGCAUUUGUAAAGUUCCACAGUUGAUAUGAGAAAUUAGAUGUUAAGGAAAUAAAAAUUGGUGUUUGAGACAAAGGGUCAGGAUAGGAACUGCAAAUGUUCUGUUACAUUCUACACGAAUGAGGAGAUAUUUCAUAUUGGGCGCA